CUGCUGUGCGGAGGAGGUGCCCCCCCCUCACGGAGAGGCGCGAGGCAGGGGCGGGGCCGGGCUGAGCCCCGCCCCCGACGGCCCCUCCUCCUCUCGCCCCUCCUCCUCCUCCAGUCCCGGUUUCGUUUGGAGGCGCAGAAGAGCAGCAAGAUGGCGGCGGCCGUAGCCAUGAUGACUCCGCGCCUGGCCGCUUCCGCCUCCUCCUCCUCCUCGGGCGGCUUCAGCUUCGACAACUGCGCCCGGAAUGCCCAGCUGGAAGCCGAGGGGACCAGGAAGGGCCUCAGCCUUCCCACCGCCCGCAAGACAGGCACCACCAUUGCUGGGGUGGUGUUUAAGGACGGUAUUGUGCUCGGAGCAGAUACAAGAGCCACGGAGGGGAUGGUCGUUGCUGACAAGAACUGCUCAAAAAUACAUUUCAUCUCUCCAAAUAUCUACUGUUGCGGCGCUGGGACAGCUGCAGACACCGAGAUGACGACGCAGUUGAUUUCUUCCAACAUGGAGCUCCACUCGCUCUCCACUGGGCGGCUCCCCCGGGUGGUCACCGCCAACCGGAUGCUCAAGCAGAUGCUCUUCAGGUAUCAAGGAUACAUUGGGGCUGCCCUGGUUCUAGGUGGGGUGGAUGUCUCGGGGCCCCACCUCUACAGCAUCUAUCCCCACGGGUCCACUGACAAGUUGCCGUAUGUCACAAUGGGUUCCGGUGCGUUAGCAGCCAUGGCAGUGUUUGAAGAUAAAUUCAAGCCAGACAUGGAGGAAGAGGCGGCGAAGCAGCUGGUGCGGGAUGCCAUUGCAGCCGGCAUCUACAACGACCUGGGCUCUGGCAGCAACAUUGACCUCUGCGUCCUCAGCAAGAGCAAGCUGGACUUCCUCCGCCCUUACGAUGUGCCCAACAAGAAGGGGGAGCGGCAAGGGAGAUACAGGUGUGAGAAGGGGACCACAGGGGUUCUCACGGAAACGGUGGCCCUGCUGGAUCUGGAGGUGACGGAUGAGACAGUGCAGACCAUGGACACCUCCUGAGGCGGAAGCCUCGCGGCGCGGCUGCUGGCGUCUCCCUCGAGAUGCCCCUCGGUACCCUGAAGUGUUCGGGGCUAAUAAAGCCAGUGGGAAGUGA